AUGUUGCAACAGAUUGUGUGUGUUUACAAAAACACUGCCGAUUCAUCACCAUAUACGAUUGAUAUUCCAUUGGAUACUGGCUCUGAUGGUACUGCAUCCAUUUCGAACCCAGUGGACAUGGUCAGACAGCUUAUCUCGCACUUGGGACAGGCUCAACAGCAAUGCAAUCAGUACUUGACCCAUAUGCUUACUCAAAUACCUGAUGAGCCAUUUAGUACUGGCCAGAAACAAUGUGGUUCCAUGCAUGGUGAUGACUCGGACGACUAUCAAGAAAGCGAUACCAAUGAGGAUCAAGUGGAUCAAUACACAGAUGAUCCGAUCCCAACAUCUGUUACAAAGAAACAGAAAUCAAUGUAG